CCCCAAUCCAUCGCGGACUCUGUCACCCAUACUUCACCACAUAUAAAAUACUAGACUCUCUCCGGACUGGGCCAUGGUUCUGAGGCCUCAGGACAAACUUUUGAAACACCGGAAAGCUGUCUUUCUCUGGGUCGGCGUAGGAAGUAGUCCCGGCCCACGGUGGGCCGACGGGUCCCUCCGCAGCGGUGGAAAGAGAAUGGCGACCUCGUCGAUGCCGGAGUCGGAGAGGAGUGCGGCUACGAAAGCGUCUGGUGAGCAUCGGGUAGAAUCAGGUCGCCCCACUGCACCCUGCCGCGAAGUGGGGGCAGACUGCGGGGAUAGCCGGCGGCGAGCUCCCGGGCCGGCGGGGCUGUCCGAACAGGGCCCCGGGGUCCCAGGCCCUUUAGUCGCUCUCGCACUUGCCUGAGCGGAAACCCGGCGCCGCCACAAGAUGGCGUCGGGCCUGGAGCGCAGGCAGCGCCGGGGACAGCCCCGAGUCGCCAGGCCCCGGGACCGUCGCUGUCAGCCCCCUCCGCAUGGGAACCAGGGGAGGGGGGAGCGAGCCACUGACCCAGGGGGCCUGCGGGCUGUACCACCGACCCCGCACCCGGGGGAACUCGGGGGGCCGAAGGGCUAAACCACUGAGCUCGGAGCGGGCUCUUAGAGCGAACCACGCUGCGGGAGUCAUGGAGGAGAGACGAGGAGGGUCAAGAUUACCGGCCAUUGACCACCCUAUCGGGGACGGGGAAGGGCUCCAGACUGGGAGGCCAGGCUUCUCGGUCCUGUUUUCCCGAGGCUCCUGUCUCUCGGUACACGAGAAAGCCCCUCCCCGUCGGAGACUCAGUCUUUGCACCUGCAAAAUGGGCACACGGGCGCAGCUGGGUGGGCCGUGGUUGCCCGGGCCGGGGAGGAGGCCCACCUGUUCAGCCCGCGUCACCUCCUCUUGCAGAGUGAAGGAUCCAGAUCCUGCGCCUCGUUGUCAGGCGGCUCCCCGAGCCAAUGGAGGAGAACGAGGUGGAGAGCAGUAGCGACGCGGCCCCUGGUCCUGGCCGGCCCGAGGAGCCCUCUGAGAGUGGCCUGGGCGUGGGCACCUCUGAAGCGGUGUCGGCCGACAGCAGCGACGCCGCUGCCGCUCGGGGGCCAGCGGAGGCCGACGACUCUGGCGUGGGGCAAAGCUCCGACCGCGGCAGCAGCUCUCUGGAGGAAGUAUCUGAGAGCAGCUCGAGCACAGACCCCUUGCCCCAUGGCUACCUGCCUGAUUCAUCUUCUGUGUCCCAUGGGCCAGUGGCAGGGGUGACAGGUGGCCCCCCAGCCCUGGUGCACUCCAGCGCACUCCCAGACCCCAAUAUGCUGGUGUCCGACUGCACGGCUUCUUCCUCAGACCUGGGCUCAGCCAUCGACAAGAUCAUCGAGUCCACCAUUGGGCCGGACCUAAUCCCAAGCUGUAUCACCGUAACCAGUGCUGAGGAUGGCGGGGCUGAGACGGCCCGGUACCUGAUCCUGCAGGGCCCAGACGAUGGUGCCCCCAUGGCUUCGCCGAUGUCCAGUUCCACCUUGGCCCACAGCCUGGCAGCCAUCGAGGCCCUGGCUGACGGCCCCACAUCCACGUGCCUGGAGCCACCGGAGGAGGCACAGGGUAGACCUGGCUCCCCCACGCAGCCACCCCCAGGCUCUGGCACCGAGGAGCCAGACCUGCAGAGCCUGGAGGCCAUGAUGGAGGUGGUGGUGGUCCAGCAGUUCAAGUGCAAGAUGUGCCAGUACCGGAGCAGCACCAAAGCCACACUGUUGCGCCACAUGCGGGAGCGGCACUUCCGACCAGCAGCGGCAGCUGCAGCUGGGAAGAAGGGGCGUCUGCGGAAGUGGGGCACCUCAGCCAAGACCCGGGAGGAAGAGGGGCCAGAGGAGGAAGAUGAUGAUGACAUCGUUGAUGCCGGUGCCAUCGAUGACUUAGAGGAGGACAGUGACUACAAUCCGGCUGAGGAUGAGCCCCGGGGCCGGCAGCUACGGCCCCAGCGCCCUACUCCCAGUACGCCAAGACCCCGAAGGAGACCUGGCCGGCCUCGGAAGCUGCCUCGGCUAGAGACCUCGGACCUCCCAGGUGGUGUGGAAGGAGAGCCUCUAGUGAGUUCCCAGAGUGGGCAGAGCCCUCCAGAGCCCCCAGACCCCGAGGCUCCCAGCUCAUCGGGCCCAGGAUGCCUGGUUGCCCUGGGCAAGGCCGACAGGGCCCCCGUGGACCCCGGUGUGAGCCAGUCAGAUGCGGAGAACGCGGCCCCCUCCUGCCAGGAUGAGCCUGCUGCCCCGCCCCGCCGCCGUGGCCGGCCCUCCAGGCGCUUCCUAGGCAAGAAAUACCGCAAGUAUUACUACAAGUCCCCCAAACCGCUCCUGAGGCCCUUCCUGUGCCGCAUCUGCGGCUCCCGCUUCCUGUCCCAUGAGGACCUGCGCUUCCACGUCAACUCCCACGAGGCCGGGGACCCCCAGCUCUUCAGGUGCCUGCAGUGUAGCUAUCGCUCCCGCCGCUGGUCCUCACUCAAGGAACAUAUGUUCAAUCACGUGGGCAGUAAGCCCUACAAGUGUGAUGAAUGCAGCUAUACCAGUGUCUACCGGAAGGACGUGGUCCGUCACGCAGCUGUGCACAGUCGAGACCGGAAGAAGAGGCCAGAUCCGGCCCCAAAGCUGAGCUCCUUCCCUUGCCCUGUGUGUGGCCGUAUCUAUCCGAUGCAGAAGAGACUCACACAGCACAUGAAGACACACAGCACCGAGAAACCCCACAUGUGUGACAAGUGUGGAAAGUCCUUUAAGAAGCGCUACACCUUCAAGAUGCACCUGCUCACACACAUCCAAGCUGUUGCCAACCGCAGGUUCAAGUGCGAGUUCUGUGAGUUUGUUUGUGAGGACAAGAAGGCACUACUGAACCAUCAGCUGUCCCAUGUCAGUGACAAGCCAUUCAAGUGCAGCUUUUGCCCCUACCGCACCUUCCGGGAGGACUUCCUGCUCUCCCACGUGGCUGUUAAGCACACAGGGGCCAAGCCCUUUGCCUGUGAAUACUGCCACUUCAGCACGCGGCACAAGAAGAACCUGCGCCUGCACGUGCGUUGCCGACACGCCAGCAGCUUUGAGGAGUGGGGACGGCGCCACCCUGAGGAACCCCCUUCCCGCCGUCGCCCCUUCUUCUCUCUGCAGCAGAUUGAGGAGCUAAAGCAGCAGCACAGCGCAGCCCCCGGACCACCCCCAAGCUCCCCGGGCCCUCCUGAGAUUCCCCCAGAAGCAGCACCUUUCCAGGCACCCGAGACCCCCCCACUGCUCUGUUCUGACACGCUUGGUGGCGCCACCAUCAUCUACCAGCAAGGCGCUGAGGAGUCCACGGCAAUGGCCACACAGACGGCCUUGGACCUGCUGCUGAACAUGAGCGCCCAGCGGGAGCUGGGGGGCACAGCCCUGCAGGUGGCUGUGGUGAAGUCCGAGGACGUGGAAGCAGAGCUGGCAUCCCCUGGUGGGCAGCCCUCCCCAGCAGGGGCCACUCCGCAGGUGGUAACCCUCCAUGUGGCAGAGCCGGGAGGCAGCGUGGCAGCAGAGAGCCAGCUAGGCACCCCUGACCUACAGCAGAUCACCCUGGCACCUGGCCCGUUCGGUGGGACUGGCUACAGCGUCAUCACAGCACCCCCUAUGGAGGAGGGGACAUCGGCUCCUGGCACGCCUUACAGCGAGGAGCCCCCAGGGGAGGCAGCCCAGGCCGUGGUUGUGAGCGACACCCUGAAAGAAGCUGGCACCCACUACAUCAUGGCAGCUGAUGGAACCCAGCUACACCACAUCGAGCUGACUGCGGAUGGUUCCAUCUCCUUCCCAAGUCCGGAUUCCCUGGCCUCCGGAGCCAAGUGGCCCCUGCUACAGUGUGCGGGGCUGCCCAGAGAUGGCCCUGAGCCCCCGUCUCCAGCCAGGACUCAUAGGGUGGGAGACCCCCAGGGCUCUGCCUCCCCACCUUCUGCGGCCAGCAAAGCCCUGAGCCUGGGAGUACCACCAUCACCACCGGCUGCAGCCGCGGCCUCAUCGAAGAAGUUUUCCUGCAAGAUCUGUGCUGAGGCCUUCCCUGGCCGAGCAGAGAUGGAGAGUCACAAACGGGCCCAUGCUGGGCCUAGUGCCUUCAAGUGCCCCGACUGCUCCUUCAGUGCCCGCCAGUGGCCUGAGGUCCGGGCCCACAUGGCGCAGCACUCAAGCCUGCGGCCCCACCAGUGCAGCCAGUGCAGCUUUGCCUCCAAGAACAAGAAGGAUCUGCGGCGGCACAUGCUGACCCACACCAAUGAGAAACCCUUCGCGUGCCACCUCUGCGGGCAGCGCUUCAACCGUAACGGGCAUCUCAAGUUCCACAUCCAGCGGCUGCACAGUCCUGAUGGGAGAAAGACGGGGACACCGACUGCCCGGACCCCAGCCCGGACCCCCACCCAAACCAUCAUCCUGAACAGUGACGACGAGACGCUGGCCACACUGCACACUGCACUCCAGUCCAGCCACGGGGUCCUGGGCCCAGAGCGGCUGCAGCAGGCACUAGGCCAGGAACACAUCAUUGUGGCCCAAGAGCAGACCGUGACCAAUCAGGAAGAAGCCACCUACAUCCAGGAGAUCACCACUGCAGAUGGCCAGACAGUGCAGCACCUGGUGACCUCCGACAACCAGGUACAGUACAUCAUCUCCCAGGAUGGAGUCCAGCACCUGCUCCCCCAGGAAUACGUGGUGGUUCCAGAGGGCCAUCACAUCCAGGUACAGGAAGGCCAGAUCACACACAUCCAGUAUGAACAAGGGGCCCCUUUCCUUCAGGAGUCCCAGAUCCAGUAUGUGCCUGUGUCCCCAGGCCAGCAGCUGGUCACACAGGCCCAGCUGGAGGCCGCUGCACACUCAGCUGUCACAGCAGUGGCCGAUGCUGCCAUGGCCCAAGCCCAGGGCCUGUUUGGGGCAGAAGAGGCGGCGCCUGAACACAUCCAACAGCUGCAGCACCAGGGCAUCGAGUACGACGUCAUCACCCUGACCGACGACUGAGCCCCGAGGGCCCAACACACACUGUGGAUAUUGGGGCCAGCCAUGCUGGGGGUGUGGGGGGAGUGGGACCCGCUGGGACUCCCUUCCCUGUUUCACCUAGGGUCUCUGGACACUGAGCAGCCAGUAUCCUGUCACUCUGAGAGAGCCAGACCUGUGCUGCUGGGUUUAGGGGACAGCCACGGGCCCUGGCCAGGACAUGCUGGGUGCCCUAGCCUGCAGGCAGGCUUUGGGGAGAGAAAUUUAUUUUUGUUUGGAUGGACCCACUGGCCCCUCAGUCUCAAUAAAGGGACCAGAGUCCAGUCCU